AUGGAAUCAAGGGAACGGGAAGAGCUUCCCGGCGCCGACCGGCGGAGGGGCCAGGAGCCGCCUGCCGAAGAAUAUCGAGAACCAAGCUAUCAUAUCUACAUUCGGCUACCCAUUAACCGCGGCGAUUUUGUCGACCCGGGCACAGUAAACUGGAGCGAAAAGAAGUCGGAGGCGUUAUGGAGCAUCUUAUCUGAUUCCUUGUUAGGAAAUGUUGAUUGGACUAGGCUGGCCGGUGAAUUUGACGUCUCUGUCGAGUUCCUACUCCAGAUGGCCAACUACCUGACGGAGCGCCACACUUCCCAUCUCAAAGCGCACAUGCUGAAGGCCGCCGCUGCCAGAGGAUCCAACACGGCCUCACCAGUGCCCGGCGGGGAGCCUGGUGCCGGCUCGCAAGGUAUCCUACCUCUAGACCACGCGAGACGUAUCAGUUUGGGGAAUGCUCGUGCUCCAUCUGCUCUAUCCAUGCGCAAGGAAACGGCCACCCCGUUAAGGGAUGGGGAAGAUCCAAACCCUCCCGGCCCGGCCAGUUCAUUGCUCAAAAGCGCCCUCCCUAUCCGUCCCGGAAGCUCACGGGCUUCUUCCGGCAACACGACUGUUCCAACGCCAACCCAGCAACACCAGAUUCAGUCAGGGAGCAGGCCAGGGACGGCCACACGGCUGAGUGAUCCUCAGCGACGUCGCGUGCUGCAGCUCGCUCAGCAACAAGAGGAACAAGAGCAACAACCCCAUCAGCAACAGCAGCAGCAGCAGCAGCAGCAGCAGCAGCAGCAGCAAGAUGACGCCGAACCCGCUCCACCCAGCCCAGCAGCCUCCACCUCUUCAUCUCCUUCCUCCUCAAGUUCCGGCAGUCCCGUCCAAAGCCGCAUUAUCCGCCGCCCGCCCCGGUUCCAACAAUCAAGAGAUCCCCGCGGCGGUGGUAACCACCCAUACAGCGGCGGGAAUGGCGAUGGCGAUGACGAAGAUGACGAAGACGACGACGCCGAGCCCGCAUUCCUUCCUUACAACCCCCAAGCCAACAGCGCCACACCAACCGCCAACACUCGCCACCAGCACAGGAGAAGCAGCAGCAGCGGCAACGCCGGCUACGCGCAAGACCUCGGCGCAACUCUCCGUGGACCCUACCAACGGCAGCGGCACGGCUCAGUAGGCGACGCCAGCCAGUCGCAGUCUCAGACUUCAGACUCCUCCAUCGGGUCGGCCGCCGUGGUGCAGUCCCCGAAUCGGCCCACGACAGCGGGGGCGUCGGAUAACAACCGGCGACUUCCACCGGGCACAAACACGGCAGGGCAACAGGGUCCCCUGUCGCCGAGAAGGACGGCGGAGCGGGCCGCUGGGCGGUCGUCGAGUACGCGGGGAGGGAAGGGGACUUCUCGGGAAGGGAGUGAGGGGACGCCGAGUAUGGGGAGCAGUUUUAGUGAUUUGGAUGACGCUUCGGUGACCCAGUCGGCGCUCGAGGAAGCCCUGGCCAGCCGCAUGCAGGAUGGCACGAUCGGGAGCCGAAUGAGUGUCAUUGGGGGCACCAUUGGUCAUGCAUUCAGGAGUAGGUAUCUCCCGAAGCCGAAUCGGCAGUGA